AUGAACCAGAAACUUGAAGUAAAGCUAGUUGAUAUGGGUACAAACUCUGAGGAACAAUGCAAUGCUGCCUCUUUCUUUCUCGUGGCAAAUCCCAAUGUACAAAGCGUCAGGCCUCCUCGGAAGCCAGGCCUGUUCAGCCCGCACCUGCAGGCCACUGAUGGCAACAGCCGGGGGUCGGGCGGAAGGUCUGCCGCACUGCGGAGCCGGGACAAGCCAUUGCUACAUAAGCCCCGGGGUGACAGGGAUGAUUCUACGCAGUGUCCUCUGUCCCCUCUGGUCCGCGUCCUAGAUAGAAGGACUGAGUCCUGA